CGUUAUUGUUAAAAUCUUCAGUUAGGUUCUUGUUGCUCGGUGAGUUCGGAACGUUUUUUUAUUGCCAGGAUAAAUUAAAGGUGUAAAAUGUGUGACGACGACGUUUCAGCUCUUGUAGUAGACAACGGUUCGGGAAUGUGCAAGGCAGGUUUCGCAGGAGAUGACGCACCACGGGCAGUUUUUGCCAGUGUAGUGGGAAGACCGCGAUAUCAGGGUGUGAUGGUGGGCAUGGGCCAGAAGGACUCUUAUGUCGGAGACGAGGCCCAAACCAAGCGAGGCGUGCUGACUGUCAAGUAUCCCAUCGAGCAUGGCAUAAUCACCAACUGGGACGACAUGGAGAAAAUCUGGCAUCACACCUUCUACAACGAACUGAGGAUUUCACCGGAAGAGCACCCAGUACUGCUGACCGAGGCGCCCCUCAACCCGAAAAUCAACAGGGAGAAGAUGACGCAGAUAAUGUUCGAAACUUUCAAUUGCCCCGCCAUGUAUGUAGCCAUCCAGGCGGUGCUGUCUUUGUACGCGAGUGGCAGAACUACGGGGAUAGUGAUGGAUUCUGGGGACGGAGUGUCGCAUACAGUACCUAUAUAUGAGGGUUAUGCUCUUCCACACGCUAUUCUCCGAAUGGACCUCGCAGGACGAGAUCUCACUGAUUAUCUAAUGAAACUCCUUACUGAACGAGGAUACAGUUUCACCACUACUGCAGAAAGGGAAAUCAUUAGGGAUCUGAAAGAGAAAAUCUGCUUCGUGGCUCUAGAUUUCGAACAAGACCUCGCGAUAGCUCAAAAUACGACUUGUUUCGAAAAAUCUUACGAACUUCCCGACGGCCAAAUUAUCACUUUGGGUAAUGAAAGGUUUAGGUGUCCGGAAGCGAUGUUCCAACCAUCUUUAAUAGGUAUGGAGACACCGGGCAUCGCUGAAACAACUUACCUCUCCAUCAUGAGAUCGGACAUGGACAUCAGAAAAGAUCUUUACGCGAAUACCGUUCUCUCUGGAGGGAGCACCAUGUUUCCGGCAAUCGCGGAUCGCAUCCAGAGGGAAAUCGCAGCCCUGGCUCCGGCUUCCAUGAAAAUAAAAAUUAUAGCGCCUCCUGAAAGAAAGUACUCUGUAUGGAUUGGGGGUAGUAUCCUCGCUAGUUUGACCACAUUCCAGCAAAUGUGGAUUUCGAAGUUGGAAUAUGAAGAGGCAGGUCCGGUUAUUGUCCACAGAAAAUGUUUUUAAU